AUUGGUUGAAUUAUUCAAUCUUAUUAGCCAAUCAAAUUUGUAUGUUUCAUAAAUAAAUAACCAAUCAAAUUGAUUAUUUAAAUAUCAGAUAUUUUAUUUAAUACCUUAAUACUUUGACAAUUUGAUCAUACAGAAAUGAUUCUAUUGUUCAUAUUGUUGGGUCUUUUAGAAGGAUGCACUCAUUCAUCUGCCAUAAAACCAACUUCUCCGGUCCUCACAAAAGUGAAUAAUAGCACAAAGUCAGAUAAACCUGAAGUUACACCUACUGUGAGUUCAAGACAUUGGAGUUCCAAAUUUCGUAUCUGGCUCAUUUAUUUCCUUGAGCUGCUGAGAACUCUCUUCGGUCUUAAAAACGACUUAAUGGAAAAGUUCUUGGGUCUAUUUGACAAAACACACUCCGUUUCCCUGACUUUCCAUUUGACCUAAGCAUCUGAAGAGGUAAGUUAAAUCCACAUUAUUAUUAUAUUGCUAUUUGGCUGAAUUUCCAUGGAUUUCGAUGGUUUUGUAACUUGUAGAGUUUUUCAUAUUGAAGACUGAAUUUGAAAAAAAAUUAAAGAAAUAUGUAGUUAAUUAUUUACUUCAGCACAAAUUGUCUUUUCGCCAAGAUAUAAUCACAUCGAGUUUUGAUUGGAAGGAAACAUUUCUAGGAUUAAAUUCACUUAGUAUUGUUUGUUUGAAUCUUCCCAUCGAUGUGUUAGGACUGCAUCUGGUCAAUCUCUAAUUUAAACUUCACCCCAUCGCACAAGCAAGUGGCUAUCAGGACUCAGUGGCCAAGUGGAUAACACGAUGGCGUUUGAAGCGAGGGUACUGGGUUCGAGUCCAAGAGUGAACAUCAACUCUGAGAUGCAGGUACAUUCAGCUAACGAGUCCCAAAUAGAACGAAACGCGCGUCCUGGAUUCCACUGCUAGCCACUAUCCAUCUUUGAUUAUCAAUUUCUAGGAUUGUUUAAACAGAAUAUUAAAUAUAAGUGUUACUUACUGGAAUAUAGAAAUGAAGGGGAUGUUGUAUGAUACUGAGUAGUAGUAUGAUAAUAAUGUUGGCGAAAUUACUUGUAUAAGGGUUUGAAGUGUUUACUAAGCUCUAAUAAUAGAAAUAUGUAGAUGAUCUAUCAACAAGAAUCUUCUCUUUCAGACAACCUUACGUAACUUGAUGUUAUCAAUUUAUGCAUUGUUGUAUAGAGGUUAUAAACCAUGAAAUUCAGAACAUGCAGCGUAGUGAAUAAUUCAAUGGUUUAAUGUUAGAUUGUAUGUUUACAAACAAAUGUAUUCAGAAAGUACAAUAUAUAUCUGCUAACAAUGACUUUAGUGACACUGUUCGGUAUGCGACUAUUAUGAGAGCUUCCGCUUUCUAAUAUCAAACUCAAUUUUUACGAAGAAUGAUUAUGGGAGUACACAAAAAGGAUCUGUGGUGCUUCUUCAGUCAGAAUACAUCAUCCUAAUGAAAGAUUUUUUUAAAAAUCUCGUUUAGCACAUAUUGUGAUCCCUGAUAGUUUAUCAUAAAUAUACAAAGUACAUCUGAAAUGAUGUUUUGAAGUUAUUAACGUUAUGAUGCAUAGAAAAAACGCUAUUCACUCAGACACCAACAUAAUUUCCUGUGUUGUCGUAUCCAAACUAUAAACUGAUACCUAUACAGGAAUACUCUCUAAUGAGAAAAUCACACCCAUUUGUGUAAUCACUGAUGAAUGUGACCCAUAAAUUUUAUAGCUUAUCGCGCGCUGCUCAUUUUCAUUUCAGGAAGACGAACGACAUGCAAUAUAAAAGUUUUCAAGAAUGAUUUGGAUAUAAUUGAAAUCAUUGGAAUUACGGUCAUUAAACUACACGUUUUUAUAUCCUAUAUUUUGUUAAACUUCCUACAUGUUUCAUGAUGCAACGACGUUAAUAUAAACCAAUGUCUGUGAUAAAGAUUUUGUUAUUAAAAACUAUAAUAAGAUAGAGACCUUUUAUAGUUAACUAAAUAGAGGAUUUCAAAUUCACUACUAGAUCAACGCAGAAUAUGGUAUACUACUACGACGCUCGUACGUAUAGAACCCCAUAGUCGCAAAUCAGAAAACAGAAGAAGACUUGAGAAUUGUCUGUUGGAUAAUAACCAAAAUGUACAGAAAAUCAUGGCUAUUUAUUAAUAUUAGCGUUUGUUAUACCAACAUUAUAAUCCAAGCAAUUAGCAAAGGGACAUGUUAUGCUACUGUCUAAUACUAGCAUGCCGCGUUGAUAUUCAAGAAAGCCCCAUCACGUUAUGACUGGAUGGAAAUUCCUCAUCUCCUUUAGAGCCUCUAAGGGUUCCAUCGUAGUUCUCAGAAGCCGACCCAACAGAGGACAUAUCGAAAUCGUAAUUUUUUGUUCAAUCUCAUCUGGUAUGCAAUCAUUAAAUCCAAAUCACAAAAUUUUAUUUACUUUCUUUUACCACCUUCUGGUGCAGAUUUAGCGAUGAUCAAUGUAAUAAGUUGUUUGGACUGCUCAUCAUCAAUAUGCUAACUAACUUUCAUGCUACCUGGAUAAUUUAAUGAUCACAGUAUUACCAUUAAUCUCCUAAUGUGAAAUAUUUGUGUUCAGUUAUGAGAAUAUUAAAAACCAAAAAUCAUUUAUCAGUAUGAAGUUGUUAAGAUUGAGAUUGAGAUCAUCAAUCGAUUAAGAUUAGAUCACCAUUUAAUAAACCUCAAAAUGUUAUAAAACAUGAAAUAUAUUUCAUUUGAAGCGAAAGGUGCUUUGUUCGAGUCCCAGAGUGAACAUCAACUCAGAUGCAGGUACGUCCAGCUGACGAGUCUCAAAUAGGACGAAACGCGAGUCCUGGAUUCCACUGCUAGCCAUUAUCCAUCUUUGCUUACAAUGAAAUAUAUUUCAUCAGUUUCAAAAUUAUAAAACACUAUGAAUAGUCUACAAAUUUGUGUUGUGUCACCAACCUGAAAUAACAAACCUUAAAUGUCAUCCAAUCUUUCGUUCAACAUAAGUAUACUUCUUAACAGAGGUGAAAAAUAAGGUUAGAAACUGAAUGCUGAUUUUUUGAUUAUUUAGGAUCCCAUGAGUAACUAAUGAUUAACUUAUAUUAGUUCUGAGGGAUAAUUGGAUAUGAAGUAAUCUUCGAUUUUAUGGAAGAUAAUAACAACACAGCGAGACCAGUUGCUGGUCAUGACACACUUCUACACCAGAAAGUCGAAUAAUUUGUGGUAGAGCUACAAUUAGAUUUAUAAUUAUUUCCGAGAUGUAAAACACAUCUAGCGUAUUUCUUGUUACUAACUAUCCACAUUAACGGAAGAAAAGAUUGUAAACAGUUGCCAGAUUAUAUAGAAAAUCAGUAUAUCCCUGUUUAAAUUAUGAUUUCACCUAGUUAAAGGUUUGAAAAUGGAAUUCGUACGAAAUUCAUAAAUUACCUUGAAUACUAUUCGAACAAAUCCAAAUAAAUAAAAAUGGGAUAUAGCGGGUGAUAUUUUAACACGUCGACUGAAAAGACCUGUUGAAAGGAUGUUUCAAUUCGCCAAGCUAUAUAUAAUUUUAGCUACUGAACAAGUACUCACACAACUAAUCAAGGAUGGGUUACCGAAGAUGGUCUCUUCUAUGUGUGUGUACCAAUUCAACUGCUCCUAUGAAGCUAGCUAUAUAUGCCGUACUCAGAGGGAUUCAUCCUUGCGUGUUCGUGAACCUGUAACAGCAUGGUUGAGAAAAAGAGUUAUUAAAUCGAUCAAUCGCACUACUCCUUCUCACUUGGUAGAUAGUGAACAUAUUAAAUAGAAGAAUAUUUCCCUGUUUAUCAUCAAGUUCCAGAAAAUCCACCUCAGGGAGCUAGAUUACGGUUACUCUAUAUAGAUGAAGUCAUCUAGAUCAACUCCAGCAAACCAGACUUAUGUAUCCAGAGAAGGUAUAUCCAGUCUCUAUGUUUAAUUUGGCCUACGAUCUGAACACCGGAUACCUAAACUGAAUAUUAUAGACCUCUUACCCGCUACCUAAUAUUUUUCAAUACAUUUAUCUUAAUCUUCACAUCCAUCAUUCCUAAUUCACAUGAAUUCUUUCUUGUCAUAAUUACCUAGAAAACACUCAUUUUAUUACGUAUUGUAUUCACACAACAAUAUUAUUAUUACUAUCAGAAGGGGUUUUGUGGAUAUUAUAGUAGUUUUUAAUAGUCGAGAUCGGUUGUAUGCAAGUACACCAAAUCUAAAAAAUAAAUAAGUUAAAUACGAGAAUGGAUUUUUGAAUAGAUUUAUUUUGUACACUCACUGAUCUAGACAGAAAAUGAGAUGAACAGUAGAGAGCGGAGAGAAAUGGCGUGCAGUGGAGAUGGCGUGGGUGCCAACUCCAUUUAAUCAAGAGUUGAUCAAUAUUUAUAGUCAGAUAAAAAUGAAUUACAGACAUAUAAUGAAUAGGAUAAGAAGUGUGCACACAUACGCUCAUAUCAAAACAGUCAAGAUUGAUAAGUGAAUAAUUAACUACGUCAAAACAUGAUUCAAGAAGAGUGGAUAAAUUGACCUAAUCAGAAGCUAGAAUAAGGUACAUGGGCUUGACAUAGCAACCGGCACUACAAUAUUACUGUAAUCAAUCACUCAGAUACUUUCACAUACAGUGAAAUAAUUAUGUAUAUUAAUCAAUAAAUUAUGAUUCCUUACUUAGAAUAAACAAUAAAGCUGUCAAAUACAAAAUAUUCAUUACGAUUGUUCAAUUUGAGUAGAGACUACAAUCACCUUGUUUUCUAUUUAUAUACCCCUUUUGUUAUUCCAAAUCUAAUUUUGGUAUCAUCUUAAUUGGUCCAGUAAAGAAAGUCAACCUUUUUUCAUCAAUAUCCAAGUUCAAAUACAAUACUACUCAAAAAUAAAUAAACACAAUUUAUUUACAACCGCUUUAUGCUUAACAAGAUUUUAUAUCUAUUGUGAAUGGAUUUCCAUGACGCUCAUCCCUGAUAUAAACAUUAAAUUGUUUAUCCGAAAAUAAAGUUACAAGAUUAUUAUCUCAAUGAAAAUGGUGCAUGUGUGCAGUGUGUGUGUGUGUGUGGGUGUGUGUUAAUAUUGAUUAUUAUCAUUAGCAUUAUAUUACAUUUUGGACAAGUUUUCAUGGUACAUGUUUAUGUAUCAUCCAGAUGUAUGGAACAUUGUUACACUUUAGCUUACUAGUAUAUCCGAAAUUAUUCACCUGUAAUCUUCAAUCAUUACACUAAGUUCUCUUUGAUAAUCAUAAAGAAAUUAAAUUAUUAAAAUUACAAACAUAUACUACUUAUAAAUGUGAUGGACAUUAAGAAUACUAAAUUGUACAGUUUAAAUAAGAACACAGUGUGAUAGAUUUCAUGUUCAUAAGAUAUGUAAUUCAACUCCGCCUGUAGCCCGCUCCUAAGAGGGAUACUGCCGGUCCCAAGCCUAGAUGAAGGCGGAGGGUUGGACAUGGAGUUAGCGACCGUAUCCCGUAGAAAGACAAAAAGAAAGCUAAAAAACGCUUACUAGCAAAAAUUAUUGAAACCAUUUAAACUCUGUCCUGGGAGUAGAAGGAAUAAUUAU